AUGUCUGUUCGAUUAACUGGAUACACGGUUACUGAAGAUGUGCUCCUUUGUCAAGUAUUCUUGGAUAUUUCUCAAGACCCUAUUAUCGGUAGAAACCAGUCUCGAGAUGCAUUUUGGUCUCGUGUGGAGGACAAAUACAAUGAACUUCGAGAUCAGCAUUUUGAGAUGCGUACGAGCCGAUCAAUUCGUUCUCGAAUGGAAAUCAUAAGUAAUGAAGUAAGGAAAUUGAAUGCGUGCUUGAGACAAGUAGAGAAUCUGAAUCCAAGUGGUGCUUCAGAUGAAGAUAUUUUAGUUCGAGCAAAGAUGUUAUUUAUGCAAGAACCAAAGUACAAAAAAGGUUUCAAAUUUGAUCAUGUCUGGAAUAUGGUUAAAAAUUUCGAAAAAUUCAAAGAUGAUGUCCCCACAGCAAGACAAGUUGGUCGAAGACAAUCCCAAAGUGUGAACUUCGACUCGUCACAAUCAGAUAAUCCCACUCCGGAAUCUCCUAUAUCAACAUCUCCUGGACUGUCAUCAUUUACUCCAUCUGAACGACCUAUUGGGGUAAAAAAAGCCAAAUUGAAAAGAAAAAAUGAUGAUCAUGAGUCAAGCGUAGUGGAAUCCAUCGAGACCUCCAACAACCGACUUAUAGACAGGUUAGACAAGGCGAGCUUGGACAGGCAGGCAGCAUUUGAUAUCGAACGAGAAAAGAUAGCCAUGAAAAAAGAUAGAGAUGAAUGGAAAAUUAUAAUGAAAGAUUUGAAUUCCAUUGCUGAUCCAAACGUGCGGGAGUACGUUCGAGCUCAACAGAUUAAAAUAAUACAAAAAAGAAAUCAACAAGAACAAGGGUCUGCUUCUAAUUUUGGCAAUUAUUUUAAUGAUAUUGGACACUCUGGCCCCGAUCUACCAGAGUAUUGA